GUCUCGUGUCUGUGACCUGUGCUGAAAAAACUUUAAUAGGCACUCUUAUCUCGUAGUGUUAUAAUAUUCAUAACAAUAAUCGCAUUUCGUAGAACAUUCUGUCUGUCGUUCUUACGGUAUUAUUGUAGAACGCAGUAUUCUGAUUUAUUAAUAAUAUUAAAAAAAAWUUUUUUAAUCAAAAUUUUCCAUCUUAGUUUUUUUGAUGACAAUUGUAAUAAUACUCUGUGCAGUCUAAACUAUAGCCUACAUACUGGCAGUGAGCACUAUAAUUAUAAUUAAUAUUAAAUGAUAAUCGUUUUAGAACAUAUUAGUUGGCUUUUGACCAAUUAAAUUAUUUUUAAUAUGCAUGAAAUAAUUAUAAGAAACAUAUAAUUAGUUUYAAUAUUGAAAAUAUCAAUUAGCUUUAUGAUGCAUUUGUUUUUUUCUUCUCGCGGAUAGUCAUUAAAUAAUCCGAAUACAUGGUACAUAAUCAGAUUAAAUAUAUUAUUUAAUGGUUUUUGAAGUGCAUCAAAAAUGGAUGAACAGGACCCUCUAGUAUUUUCUGACACAGUUAACAAUAGAUUAUUUGGACUUCCAGAAGUAUUGGAUAAAAAUGUCGAUGAUAUAAUUGUCAAUGAAUGCAACACAGUCCUUACAAAACCACCAGAUCGAUACAAUUUUGGAUUUUUAAUAUUUUAUGUACUUGGUACUUGUCUUCUACUUCCGUGGUACUUUUUUAUGACAGCAAAUGAUUUAAAAAAUUUAAAUAUUUCUAGGAUGUCAAUUCACUUUCGAAUGAUCAGUUCAUUGAUGUUAAUGCUUGUUUUGUUCACUGUUACAACAAUUUUAGUUAAUUUAGAUUCCGAUUCAUGGCAAAUAUUGUUCUUUAUUAUAACCUUAGGGACAGUCAUUUUUUUAAACAUUGGGAGUUCUAUUAUGCAAGGAGCUGUAUUCAAUUUAGUCACCUUUUUUGAUAGUAGCUACAUGACAGCAACUGUAUGUGGUCAAGCAUUGGGAGGCAUUGUUGCUGCAUUAGCUCAAAUAUUAGCUUUGUGGUGGGGUGCAUCGUCUGUCCACAGUGCCUUCGUUUAUUUCUUAUUUGCUGAUAUAUUCAUCUUGCUUUCUCUAUUUUUAUACGCUAUUUUAGUCAAAACAGUUAGUACAUUUUGAAAAUAAUUUAAGAUUUAAUUAUGUCUUGUAUGCAACCUACUAUGAUCUAGUCAAUAUACUCAAUUUCAAUACAUACUUAAAUUUAUCGUUUUGAUUGUUAUUAAAAUUAAAAAUAUUUUUUUUWAAAUAAUUUUUGUAAAAAUAAUUAUUAAAUAGUUUCAAAAAAAGAGAGUAUCCACACUCCAUGCAUAUAGAUUGGUACAUGUAUAAUGUCUUAUGGCUUCGGAACUCAAACAAUAUAGAAAGUAAUAAGUUAUUAAAAUAAUUACAAAUUAUGAAUUAUUAUUGUUACGCUUAGAAUCUAAAAGGURUAAUGAGGACAAUGAGGUAUAGUACCUACCUAUCUAUUAUUAUUAAUCGUCGGUUUCUAGAGGCAAACUAGGAACGUUAAUUUGAAAUAACUUUAACAUUAAUUUAAACUUUUUUAUUGGGUGGUUAUCAUACCAAGUACCAACUAUAACAU